AAGACUAUCCACUCAGUUGGAACAUUUUCGGAGACAAUAAUCAGGCUAAACUAAAGUCAUGAAGAUUCUUUUGGCUUCAGUUCUUUUUGCUUUUUAUACUUUGCAAGCUCAAGGCCAAAACAAGUUUGCAACAUGCGACCGAGCCUGGACAAAAAUCGGUUGUUUCAAAGACAGCAGCAAAAACCGAGUACUUGACGAAAUGCUCCUGAAUGACAGAGAUAAACACAGCAAAUAUCACGAACCGGGCUACCGUUUAAACUGGCACAAGUGGAAGGAAUCAACUCACAGCUUAGCCUGCCGAUGUGCUGAGAAAGCUCUUGCAAAAGGCUACACCGUCUUUGGUUUACAGUUUUAUGGUGAGUGUUGGAGUGGACAGAAUGCCGAGUUUAACUUUAACCGUGAAGGAGUAGCCGAGGAUGAAAAGUGCGUCAUGAAUCUUAACAAACCAACCGAGUGCGUCCAAUCAUCGAACCAGGAGUGUGUGGGCACGCAAUGGACUAACUACGUUUACAAACUGACGGAAAAUCCAGGUCCCCAAACCCCGGAUGUUGAUGGAAAUUACACCAACUGGUCUCAGUGGACAGAAUGCAGUAAGACCUGCGGCGGGGGAGAGAAGACGAGAGAGAGGUCUUGUACCAAUCCCCCCAGGCAGGGAAAUGGGCGGCCAUGUGAGGGUGAACCAGAGGAAUCAGUCAAAUGUAACGAAAAUCCGUGUGACGAUUGCCAAAAGGUAAUGGAUGUCGGCAUUGUACUGGACUCGUCCAGUAGCGUACGACGUGACAACUACGAACACGCGAAAGAUUUUUUAAUCAAGCUUGUUGAUAAGCUGCCGGUCUCGCACCGUAUGACACACCUGGCCGUCAUCCACUACAAUCACAGAGCCUACCUGGACUGGAACUUCAAAGGUGACGUGGCGGAGAAUGCCAAGCUUCUAAAGGCUGCCAUCGAAAACAUGAAGUACCAGCCGGGAGGGACUAGGACUGACAGAGCGUUGGAAGAGGCUAAGGAAGAAUUUUUGUCUCUUGAAAAAGGCGCUAGACCAAACGUCCCGCAUGUACUGCUAGUUAUCACUGAUGGGAAGACAAGCAAGAGGUCCAAAAAAUACCAGGACGUUCUGAAGCCAUUUGUGGAACAAAACGUUAAGAUUAUUGCUAUUGGUGUUGGUAUGUCAGUGGACAAGGCCGAGUUGUUAAAAAUCGCUAAUGGCAAAGAGGAUAACGUGGUUCAAGUGGCUGAGUUCAGCAAACUUAUCUCGAAGAUUCAAGAAAUUCUUAAACUCUCAUGCGCUUCCAGGAGGCUUAAUACAAAGUAAUACUGAAGCAGCAUGUGAAGAAAAGUUUGACCGGUUUUAGUUAAAAUGCAAGGGUCUAGACUUUAGAUACAUGGAACCAUGCCCUGCAAAGUUGUCAGAAAACAAUAAAACGCUGACAUGACUGAA